CCCUCUCGGAGUGCAGCCCUAACCCGGGCUUUUGACCUUCAGCCUGUGAUGUAGUUUCGUUUGUCACUGGGGCCCAUGUAGUGCGUAAAUGGGCGUCAGAUUUGGUAGCACUUCCAGCGGAUGAACUUUGGGAAGAGUCCAGGACGUGAAUUUAAUGGGCGGAGAGGCUGCGGCAGCACUGUUAAGUUAGCGCGGCCAACUGCAGGGAGCCAUGCUUCAUUACACCCUUCAUGGGAGCUGGCACACUCGCCCCACCCUCGUUACCCAAGGGCUAGUCCUGGAGGAAAAGGCCGGCAGAUGGUCUCUAGCGACCGGCCCGUGUCACUGGAGGACGAGGUCUCCCAUAGUAUGAAGGAGAUGAUUGGAGGCUGUUGCGUUUGCUCAGACGAGAGAGGCUGGGCCGAGAACCCGCUGGUUUAUUGCGACGGGCACGGCUGCAGCGUCGCGGUGCAUCAAGCUUGCUAUGGCAUUGUUCAAGUACCCACUGGACCAUGGUUUUGCAGGAAAUGUGAAUCUCAGGAGAGAGCAGCCAGAGUGAGAUGUGAACUUUGUCCUCAUAAGGAUGGAGCUUUAAAAAGAACAGAUAAUGGGGGUUGGGCCCAUGUGGUUUGUGCCCUCUAUAUUCCAGAGGUACAAUUUGCCAAUGUUUCCACAAUGGAACCAAUUGUUUUACAGUCUGUUCCGCAUGAUCGUUAUAAUAAGACUUGCUACAUUUGUGAUGAACAAGGAAGAGAAAGCAAAGCAGCCACUGGUGCUUGCAUGACAUGUAAUAAACAUGGAUGUCGACAGGCUUUCCAUGUAACAUGUGCUCAGUUUGCCGGACUGCUUUGUGAAGAAGAAGGUAAUGGUGCCGAUAAUGUCCAGUACUGUGGCUACUGUAAAUACCAUUUUAGUAAGCUGAAAAAGAGCAAACGGGGAUCUAAUAGGUCAUAUGAUCAGAGUUUAAGUGAUUCUUCCUCUCACUCUCAGGAUAAACAUCAUGAGAAGGAGAAAAAAAAAUACAAAGAGAAGGACAAACACAAGCAAAAACACAAGAAGCAGCCAGAACCGUCACCUGCAUUGGUUCCAUCCUUGACUGUUACUACAGAAAAAACUUAUACAAGCACUAGCAACAACUCUAUAUCUGGAUCAUUGAAGCGCUUGGAAGAUACUACAGCACGAUUUACAAAUGCGAAUUUCCAGGAAGUCUCUGCACAUACCUCUAGUGGAAAAGAUGUUUCAGAGACUAGAGGGUCAGAGGGCAAAGGGAAGAAGUCUUCAGCUCACAGUUCAGGUCAAAGGGGAAGAAAGCCUGGUGGUGGAAGAAAUCCAGGAACAACUGUGUCAGCAGCUAGCCCUUUUCCACAAGGCAAUUUUUCAGGAACUCCAGGCAGUGUAAAAUCAUCUUCUGGAAGUUCAGUGCAGUCUCCUCAGGAUUUCCUGAGCUUUACAGACUCAGAUCUGCGUAAUGACAGUUACACUCACUCCCAACAGUCAUCUGCAACCAAAGAUGUACAUAAAGGAGAGUCUGGUAGCCAGGAAGGGGGGGUCAAUAGUUUUGGUUCCUUAAUUGGCCUCCCUUCAACCUCAGCUAUUAUUUCACAGCCUAAAAGCUUUGAAAAUUCACCUGGAGAUUUGGGUAAUUCCAGCCUUCCUACAGCAGGAUAUAAGCGGGCUCAAAGUUCUGGCAUCGAAGAAGAAACUGUAAAAGAAAAGAAAAGGAAAGGAAAUAAACAAAGUAAACAUGGGCCUGGUAGACCCAAAGGAAACAAAAAUCAAGAGAAUGUUUCUCAUCUCUCAGUUUCUUCUGCUUCACCAACAUCAUCUGUAGCAUCAGCUGCAGGAAGCAUAACAAGCUCUAGUCUGCAGAAAUCUCCUACAUUGCUCAGGAAUGGAAGUUUACAGAGUCUCAGUGUUGGCUCCUCUCCAGUUGGUUCAGAAAUUUCCAUGCAGUAUCGUCAUGAUGGAGCUUGUCCAACAACUACGUUCUCAGAGUUGCUGAAUGCAAUACACAAUGUAUACCUAGAGUUGAUCAAAUGGGCUGACUCAAGCCAAAAUCUCAGAAAUGAAGGUAUUUAUAACAGCAAUGAUGUAGCAGUAUCAUUUCCAAAUGUGGUAUCUGGCUCAGGAUCUAGUACUCCUGUCUCCAGCUCUCACUUACCUCAACAGUCUUCUGGGCAUUUGCAACAAGUGGGAGCGCUCUCUCCCUCAGCAGUGUCAUCUGCAGCCCCUGCUGUUGCCACAACUCAGGCAAAUACCUUAUCUGGAUCUUCUCUCAGUCAGGCACCGUCUCAUAUGUAUGGCAAUAGAUUAAAUCCAAAUUCAUCAAUGGCAGCUCUUAUAGCUCAGUCUGAAAACAAUCAAACAGAUCAAGAUCUUGGAGACAAUAGCCGCAACCUAGUUGGCAGAGGAAGCUCACCCAGAGGAAGUCUCUCACCACGAUCUCCUGUAAGCAGCUUACAGAUUCGCUAUGAUCAACCAGGCAACAGCAGUUUGGAAAAUCUGCCUCCAGUAGCAGCCAGCAUAGAACAGCUUUUGGAGAGGCAGUGGAGUGAAGGACAGCAAUUUUUAUUAGAACAGGGUACUCCUAGUGACAUUUUAGGAAUGCUGAAGUCAUUACACCAACUUCAAGUUGAAAACCGAAGAUUAGAGGAACAGAUUAAAAACUUGACUGCCAAAAAGGAACGGCUUCAGUUAUUGAAUGCACAGCUUUCAGUGCCUUUUCCAACAAUAACAGCAAAUCCUAGUCCGUCUCAUCAAAUACACACAUUUUCAGCACAGACUGCUCCUACUACUGAUUCCUUGAACAGCAGUAAGAGCCCUCAUAUAGGAAACAGCUUUUUACCUGAUAAUUCUCUUCCUGUAUUAAAUCAGGACUUAACCUCCAGCGGACAAAGCACCAGCAGCUCAUCGGCCCUUUCUACCCCACCUCCUGCUGGGCAGAGUCCGGCUCAACAAGGCUCAGGAGUGAGUGGAGUUCAGCAGGUCAAUGGUGUGACAGUGGGGGCACUAGCUAGUGGAAUGCAGCCUGUAACUUCCACCAUUCCUGCCGUGUCUGCAGUGGGUGGAAUAAUUGGAGCUUUGCCAGGUAACCAACUGGCAAUUAAUGGCAUUGUAGGAGCUUUAAAUGGGGUUAUGCAGACUCCUGUCACAAUAUCCCAGAACCCGACCCCUCUCACUCACACAACUGUACCACCUAAUGCAACACAUCCAAUGCCAGCUACACUGACUAACAGUGCCUCAGGACUAGGAUUACUUUCUGACCAGCAAAGACAAAUACUUAUUCAUCAACAGCAGUUUCAGCAGUUGUUAAAUUCUCAACAGCUCACACCAGAACAACAUCAAGCCUUUUUGUAUCAGUUAAUGCAACACCACCACCAGCAGCAGCAGCACCACCAACCUGAACUUCAGCAGCUGCAGAUCCCUGGACCAACACAAAUACCCAUAAACAACCUUCUUGCAGGUACACAGGCACCCCCACUUCACACAGCCACCACCAACCCAUUUCUCACCAUGCAUGGAGAUAAUGGAAGUCAGAAAGUAGCAAGACUUAGUGAUAAAACUGGGCCUGUAGCUCAAGAGAAAAGUUGACACCUGAGAAACAUCUAGAAAUUAUCCUGCUGUUCUAGCACUUCAUCUGGCUGCCUUUGCAGUCCUUUUACUACAGCUAUGAAGAAAUGCAACAAGAGACUCAAUGCACAGCAAAGGAUUAAUUGGCACAAGGACAUUCUUGGCAGGCUUUGAUUAGUUUUCUUGUUGCUUUGUUGCACUGAAAUGGAAUUCCCAUACCCCUACCCCUUACCCCAAUUUUUUGAACAUGGAAAGAAAAUUUAAUAAGUUUUUUCAGUGACAUAAUUUACAUGCAAUGUUUAUCGACUCAAGAAUUUAAUAUAGUUGGUGCACAACUAGUUUUGUUAUAAAUUGGAGAUAUGAAUAGCAAAACUAAAGACUUGUUCCAUUGACAGACUACUUGAUUUUAUUGUAUAAGUUGAAAUACCCUCUUUUGUUUGGGUUGCAGUAUGCUUGCUCUGAGUCAAAUUUCAAGGAACUGUCUAAUCCCUUCUGGAGUUUCAUUGAUUCAAUAUUACAAAUAUACAGCUCAUCAUCUGGGACUGGGCAAUCUUUGUUAAAAUUUCCUUUCUAAUGGGAUUUGGCCACUUUCGUGAGUCAAGUUAGGAUGGUAAUGUCUGCAUCUGCUAAAGGUAGUUUUGAGAAUUGCUUUUUCCUUAGUGUUAAGACCUGCUCAUAUUUUAAAGAAACCUUGAGUUAAGUGAUCUCUAAGGCUGCUGGGGGAACCAGAUCAAUUCAAAGCAAAGUAAUUCUUUCAGAAAGGGGCCACUCUGAAAAGUGCUGGUGGGGUUUGCCCUUGAUCAAGUGCCUCCAUUGUGCUGCAAGGGCUCUGGACAGUAGGCUCGGACAGUCCGUCCUCCAAGCAGCAGAAAUCAUCACGUCACACCUGCAGCCUUCCCAUGCUUCCGCCUUGAUUCAAAAUUUUCUGUGCCACUGUAGAUAGCUCAGGCAAAACCAUUACCUGGGUAUUUGUCCACUAAUGAGUCACAAGAAAAGGAGUGGAUAUGCUAAGAAUAGAGAUUUAUUUAAACCACUCCCCAUUACUGACCAUUAAAACAAAAGGUCACCACGAGUUCCUGAAACAGGUGAAAUCUGUGUGACAGCCCUUCCACUUUGGGGAGCCACACUUUUGAUGUGACAGAGUAAUCCACCACUGGGGGUGUAAUCACCAAACUGUUCUUCGGUGUGUGAGUUAUUAGUGGAAAAGACCCAGCUGUAAUUAGACCUCCACUGUGUACUUAGCUGGAAGAACAUGUUAAUUCUGCAAUAUGUCUCUUGGUUAAACAUUGCACAGUUCUUACCUCAUUUCUGUAAAUAAAGUUUUGUGAAUCUGUUUUGUAUUGUGAAAAAUUCAUAAGAUAACAUUGAUAUUUUGAUUUGUAACAUUUCUAAUUGGUAGAUUUAAUUGAAAAGUAAAAUUAAUUUAUUUUUAUAUGUUCAGGGGAAUUUUAAAGUCAAAUCUUUUGUAGAUAAUUUUAAAAAUCAGUGUGGUUUAUUUUACUUAUUUAACCCACUGGUUGUUAUUCUGUAACAAUUUGUAUAAAUGGUAAAUUUUGAAUGUGUUGUUAUUUUACCUAGAUGUAAAAUUCCACAUGUAUUAAAAUGUACAAAGUUUUGUUAAUAAAAUUUAAUAAUGUUU